AUCACAGCCUCUCUCUCUAUAACACUUAGUUUUCCUCGACUCAUUUUUUCUCGCUCUCAGUCUGUCUGUCUGGGUCUCCCUGUUCUUGUCUCUCGAGCUUCACUCUCUCUUCACCUCUGCAAAAGGGAGACAAAUGGGCUUCGCUUCCUUUCUGGGUCGUCUCCUCUUUGCUUCCCUCUUCAUCCUCUCCGCAUGGCAGAUGUAUGUUGAAUUUGAUGCCAAUGGUGGACCCAUUGCUAAGGAGUUGAUUCCCAAGCUCACUGUUCUAAAGAAAAAUUUGUCCUCCAAAUUGGGGGUAGGGCUACCAGAUAUUGAUGAACAGCAUUUUGUUGCAACUAUCAUAUUUCUAAAGGGGCUUGGAGGGAUUCUAUUUGUGUUUGGCAGCACACUUGGAGCUUUUUUCUUGCUUCUGCAUCAGGGGCUUACUACUCCACUUCUGCAUGAUUUCUAUAACUAUGGACCCAGCAAGCCUGAAUAUCAUCUCUUGCUGAACGAUUUCAUGCUGAACACAGCAGUUUUUGGAGCAUUGCUAUUCUUUAUAGGGAUGAAGAACACAAUUCCCAGGAGACAACUAAGGAAGAAGACCCCAAAAACAAAGACAGUUUAGGAAAUAGACCAAAAGAUGUAAUGCAUUUGUUUGCCAAUCUACUUAGUCGCAGCUUCAGGCUGAGUUGGGGAUAGUUACUUACACAUUCAGAUUUUUUGUUUAUUUGUCUGUGUUGGGAAUAGUUACUUACACAUAUUCAUAUUUUAUGUGUAUUUGUCAGUUGGAUCACAAUUUGGUUAUUGAUAUAUGUUUCCUCA